AUGCUUUCCUUUUCUAAGGCUCAUAAAUCGUUAUUUAACGCUCAUAUACGAUAUUUGAGUAAUGUACCCCACCAAGUUGUUAAGAAUAGAGAUUAUACGGUGUCGUCGAAUAUCUCGCAGGUUCCUGAUGUUAGCAAAUACUUUCCAGCGACUCCAAUCUCAGAACUAGCCCCCUAUAUUAGCGAUGCAUGGAGUGCUUAUCCUAAGGGAUCGAAGUACGUUAACCAACAUCACUACUACCAAAAUAAGAAAGUUUUGGUUGAAAGAUAUUUACAGAAGAAACCGCAUGCAGUGUCAUUAAAGCAGCUUGCACAGUAUUAUGAUGACUCUAAACAGCUUACGUUGGAAAAGGUCCUCAAAUCUGGUCAGUUUGCCAAGGAUGAGCUUGUGGUUCGUAUGGCUCACACCCUUAAAAAGGUGCAGGACCUCCCGUUUAAUGUGGUGAACAAUUUCCACUUUGUGCAGGUGUAUGAGUCGUACUAUGACAUUUUUGAACGUUGCCGUAAGCUUCCCCAGAUCAGGACUCUGGAGGACAACAAACAGCUCACUGACAUGUUGAACGCGAUUAUGAGCGAUUUUAAUUCUCUGAAUUUGCCUCAUCUUAUAAUGGCUGCACUAGAAUGCUGCAUUCUUGAUCUCUACCCACAGAAGGAGCUGGACAAGCUUAUAUCAAGUCUGCUACGUGCUCGAAUUUCCAGGAGGCUCAUAGCUCAAGAACACCUGAGUGCCACUUCAAACUUCUUGGCAGGAAAGAAGGAUAUAAACCUUAUUUUCGGAGACAUCAUACAGCUUUGCAGCGCAAAGGAGUACCUACUAGAGGCUUCCAAAAUAUGCGAGGCAUUUACCAAAGACAUGUUUUACGAUGGAAUUCCCUUACCUGAAUUUAUUAUCGACGGUGCUGUGGACCUGAAGUUUUACUUCCUUCCAACACACCUUGAGUAUCUUCUUGGCGAGUGCCUACGUAAUAGCUACGAGGCUACCGUAAAGGAGUACAUCAGAAAGGGCCUUUCAAAACCCGAGCCCAUAGUUGUCACCAUUAUUGAGAACAAACAUAGUUUCUUGUUUAGAAUCAGUGACCGCGCAGGUGGCAUACCGCAUGACGAUAGAACAAUCUGGUCUUUUGGAAAAUCAAAAGAAUUAGCAAGACAAUCCUUGGCAAAUUUCCACAAGCUCUCAGGCUUGCAGACUAUCUCUUUGUAUGACGACCGAAGUCACUAUGGAACUCUAAGUUCUGAUCACCCGCAUUCCAAGCCUACCCGCACAUCAAUGCUACUCAGUGAGUUACAUCCUAAGAAAGAAAAGUACAAAUUCCAGUUUAAAAGACCUCUUAUAGGUCUUCUGAGCCGGGCGUCAAGGUAUAAACUAGGUGUUGGACUCGCGAUGUGUAAGGUGUACGCAGAAUAUUGGAACGGGGACCUAACCGUACAUUCUGUACAGGGAUACGGUACUGACACGGUAUUAAAGCUAGGUAGCUUGCUCCACUACAGCGACAAACUACAGCUAGACAAGGUCUGA